AUGCCGACCCCCGACCCACCCGUCGAAAUCAAAGACCAUUGCUCCGUUGUUCACGAUGAAACGCUCUACGUGUACUCCCCGGAUGCCUUCCAGUCUAUCCCCCUCAAAGUCAACGGAACCUGGUCAUCGCUGGAUAGUGGUGUCUCAGCCAAAGGGGCCACUUGCGUCAAGGCCGUGCCCAACGGUGACGCCAGCCAGGCCGCGCUUUACGUCGUAGGAGGCCAAACCGACGCAUCUCUGGACGACUAUCCCGGACUUCAAAAAUACACCUUCUCGACCAAGAAAUGGGAAUCGGUUACGCCCGCGGACACCGUCACUAAGAAUCGGCAGUACCACGGCGCGACAUUCCUCGAGGAAUCGUCGCAGAUCCUCGUUUAUGCUGGCUCCCAAGUCACGGGGGACACUGGAAAGUCUGCUAACACGUUUCUUAUCAACAUCGAUGAGCCUUACGCCGUCCAAUCUUACCCAUCGCAAGGCGCCCCGAACGUCUGCGGACCCUUCCUUCUCCCUUGGGACGACAGCCACAGCCUUAUGCUAGGUGGAGAUCCUGAUAACACGCAGGUUUGGCUUUUUGGCUUGACGGAAGGUUGGACUAAGCUUGAGGUGGACCUAGAGCAAGGCAUCUUGAACCAGGAUCAGGUUCAGGUCACACUUGUUACGGGCGACGAUGGAAGCAAAGUCUUGGAGCAAUAUGAUCUCAGUGCCUCGCCUAAUGAGGUGUCGAGGGUUGCUUUGGUGGACGGCGAUGGAAAUGCCGCUUCCGUCGGCCAAGCUGUUGGCGAAAAAAAGCGGAAGCGGGACCUUAGUAUGGAUGACUGGCCUUCGUACAACAACACCCUGGCGCCCAAGACUGUCCGUUCCGGUUAUUCGGUUGCUCAAGACGACAAAGGCCGCGCGGUCAUCAGCGGUGGCAGCAGCAGCGAGAACGAUACUCUGGCCAUUUUUGAUGAGCGUGAAAACAGCUGGGUCAACGCUACGCAGUUUUUCACUGGCCAAGAACCAUUCAAGGCUCAUACCUCUUCCAUUUCGUCUUCUUCUUCUCACUCUUCCACUUCUUCUUCCAAGCCGACCGCAGCGGCUAGCACAACUGCUGCUGUUGAUGGUGGAUCUUCCUCGUCUUCCACUAGCGACCACCACAAAGAUCGCAUGAUGAAAGUCUUGGGCGCGACAUUGGGUACCAUUUUCGGUAUCAUCUUCCUCCUCAUCCUCCUGCUGCUUCUAUUGAGGUGUAGGCGCGACAGGAAGAAGAAGACGGGACAGCCGGGAGACGAGAAAGACAGGCUUAGCUUCGCCGACAGAGGCGUCAGUCAAGCUAAUCUACCCGCCCCUCCUUAUGCUGCUCACAUGAAUGCCUCUCAAACCUCACUUGCUAUCAUCUCCGGAAAGUUUGGCGCUGGGAACCACAAGCGCGGAAUGCCUAGCGAUGCAAGCGGAACCGGUCUGGUCGGCAAGUCGGCACCUGUUGCUUAUGAAACGUUGGAGAUGUCGACGAUUGGAGACAUGAAAACGCCAGCUUAUACAACCAGCGAGAAGGCCAUACCGCGUGCUGAGGUUACGCCUCCGCCACCUGCCGCGGGUAAGGAGGGAGGAAAGGACAGUCGAAGCCGGAGCUCGGGAUGGAGUCGCUACUUUGCGAACAACGAGACAACCAACAUCUCCAAGGAUCCCUACGACCGGUCAACGUACGUGUCGAACAACUCUCGUUACAGCGACAUGAGCCAGUCUGACUACACCAACUCUCGGAUCAUAAGUCAAGGCCCGGCGAAGGCUUUGAACCGCCCAUCCCAACUGCCGCCCCUGGAUGUCAGCUUUGUCAACCACAACUUCGACGGAAACAGUCUGAACCGUGUCGCGACAGGCAGUCCAACCAUUGGAGACUCGCGCUCGGAUCUUGCUCACUCUCCUUUGGGUUCUGCUCGGCCUAUGCAGGCUCAACUUGCCCGCGCGAACAGUGUCAGCACGGUCUCGAGCUUCGACGACGACAACGCAAGGAUGUCCCACCAAGAGACCACUGGCUGGACGCCUGUGGGCGGCGGCCACGACUGGUAUGCUCGUGCUGCCAGCAGUCUUUACCCCGACAGCAGGCCCACUAGUGAGAUGCCGCAAAACUUCCCUGAUGGCACAAGCUCUUACUACCCCACCGAUGGCCACAGCUCUUUCUAUCCCAAGAGCAAUACGAAUUCGUUGUACCCGCCAAGCCUUCAUCCCAACGCCGCCGCUGCUCCCGCCAUGCCUUCCAACCUCAACGCCCCUCGCGAUAGCACCGUGACGAUAUUCCCUGGUGGCGAACCUUCUCCAUCUCUGGCCGGUCCUACUCCACCGAAGCUUCCCGCUCCCGGUUUCGCUGCCCCAGCUCUUCCUCGCGAUAGCACUGUAACAAUGUUCCCUGGCGGGGAGGCCCCGAGUGCGUCUGUUGCCAAUUCUGGGCAUCAGCUCCCUGCUCCCGCAUUCGCCGCCCCAGCUCUCCCCCGUGACAGCACCGUAACGGUGUUCCCUGGCGGUGUGGCCCCGAAGGGGCCAGUCGAGGAGGAGAGGCAGAAAAACAUUGGCAAACAGGACAUGAGCUGGCUGAAGUUCUAG